CUUCCCACCCGUGCUAUGUCCACAUUUUAUCGACAUUGAUCGAGACGCUCUCUAGUAGUACCCGAUGACGUCAUUGUGAACACAGGUGACGCUAGUGUACGGUUAUUUUGGCGUUCCCAUAAAAAGGUCGGGAUGGCCGCUCUCAAUAUCUUCUCUCUGGUAAAAGUAUUUAUAAUAUACAUACAAUAAUUAAAUAUAUAUAAUUUUUAUGUAAAAUCAUUAAGAAAUUCAAUGAAAGAAAUGUGGCAAAAUAAUUAAAAAUUUUUUAUAAUAAUAAAUCAUAAAUUACGUGCAUGCAGCAGAGAUAUCAGAAAAAGAGCACCUCGACACGAUGAAAAUUUUUCACAGAUUUUUCACACAAAUUGAAACACUUGAGAAAUAUUGAGAAAACCUACAUCUUUUUUAAAAAAUUUGUAUCAAUUCUUAUGGGUGAAUUCUAAAGUACUCAAAGAUAAAAAAAAUUUGUUCUAUAAUUUCGACAAGCCGCUGAUCCAUCAGCGUGACAUCAGCGGGGCCGGCGCUACCCAGCGCUACCUAGCACGCGAACAAGGAAUUAAGGCGGCAGGCGCGCUCUUAUCGUACUCUCCGAGAGAGCUGCUGCCGGUGGUGGAGGAGAAAAAAGAAGGCGCGCGAGAUGAAUGACGGGCCCGGGACGUUAAGCCGACCAAGUUUAAGUAGUAAUCCGGUGCAUCUCUGUAGAGACGGCUGGUAUGUCGCGCAUCGUCCUGUCUCGAGGCAUGUCACAGGUCGAGUUGCUCGUCCUCUCGACCGUUUUCCUCGUCUGGUCAGCGUACGCGUAUCCGGAGGGCACGCUGAUGAACGACAACAGUGCGCGGGCGUCGAUCGUCGAGACGGUGUUGCUGGAACGCGAACCGGCGACCUUCAAAUUGUACACCAGUGCGAUACGCGAGAUAGCGGCUACGUACAACGUUCAAGUCCAGUCGAUCGGAUCGGAUCGGAUCGGAUCGGAGGAGGAAAAACGAACGAGAACCGUUCCCAUCGUAUUUGCCUGGGGGUUGUAGAGAGGAUAUGCGCCGCAGCCGGACGGUGAUGCUUCCAGCUUCAUCCCCGGACGCACCGAUCGCGCGCUUGUCGAGACUAAAUUGCAUCAUUCCACGACGUCGUCGACGUUUUUUUUCUUCGCCGUACCGCCUUCCUUCCCGGAACGUAUACUCUCGAAAAUCCAUUUAUUUCAUACAACUGCAAUUGUAUAGACCAGAAGGGUGGUGGGGAGUAUCUUGGCGCCGAUCGAGAAUCAAUCGCACGCCGACGCGGCUAAUUUCCAUGCACCGUGGCCGCGCCGUUAUCGCCGGCUUGCCCCGUGGAGGAUGCGUCAAUUUUUUUUAUGAUACGUGCAAUCAGCGAGCAUUCUAUUCUCAGCGCUGACGUUCGAUCGACUAUCGAGCCGCGCCGCGCCGCGCCGCGUUGACGCCUUAAUAUCGCGCCUUUGAUUUGACUCCCGCCCUCCUCCCCUCCCCCUUUUUUCUUUCCUCCGUCUCUCUUUCCGGCAAACAAGCCGAUUGAGGAAAAGCGGCGACAGGAAGGCGCUUCUUCACAUUGUUCCAACUUCUCUCCCUUUGUCGCAUCAAAGAGAUCGACGAGUAAAGAGUUGAAAUUUGUAACCAGGAAAACCCCGUUCGAAUUGGGAUUUUAAUGUUUAUCGUGUCUGAGAUGCUGAGAUCAACUUCGCAAUGUAAAUGCCGUUGUCUUACUUUCACGAUAUUGUUUUGCACAGGGAAAACCCAUUCGGCGAGGAGCAAUUGUUCCUGAACAAUACCGAGAUGCUGUAUGCGUCGCACUUUAACGAGAGCCGGCCGACCAAGUUUAUCGUUCACGGAUUCAGCGAUACCGGGAACGAGGGUUGGAUACGCGAUCUGAUAGACGCGUAUCUGCUUCAUCAGGAUGUGAAUGUGAUAGUCGUCGGCUGGGGAAUCUUGGCGUCCGACGCCUACCCAGUGGCAGCCAAAAACACGCGUCUUGUCGGCGAAUAUUUAGGCCAGUUCUUGGAUUUCUUGAACCGGGACUCGAACCUGGAGUAUAAGGAUGUGCACAUUAGUGGUCUCAGUCUGGGUUCUUACGUGGCGGGCUUCGCCGGUGCUUAUCACGACGGACGUGUCGGGAGAAUAACAGGAUUGGAUCCCGCGAGUCCUCUGUUCGAGACCAAUUCCAGCAUCGUCGAUCCGGAACACCGAUUGGAUCCCUCCGAUGCUCAAUUCGUCGAUGUGAUCCAUACCAGUGGGCCGAUAUUCGGAUUCUCUGCGCCAUUAGGACACGCCGAUUUUUAUCCCAACAAUGGCAAGAUUCCGCAACCUGGAUGCACUUUUGGACCGACGAUAACUUACUGUAGCCAUUCGAGAGCGCAUCAGCUUAUGACAGAGAGCAUCGGCAGCACGGUGGGCUUCAAGGCGAGAAUGUGCGAUAGCUGGGAAAAAUACAAAGAGCGAUUCUGCGAUUACAAUCCGGUCGUCUUGAUGGGCGAAUACGCCUCAACCUCGUUGCGUGGCAAAUUUUAUCUAUCGACCAACGACGCUUCUCCCUUCGCACUACCGUAAACUAUUUUGAAUGUCAAUCUUGACAGGUUUCUUGAUUUGAGAAUUUGCAAACUACAAUUUGCGAAUUUCACGAUUACGGUUCAGGCGAGGAUCGCGCAAUAAUCUGUACUAGUCAUUGAUAAGUUACUUUAUUUAUGAAACUCUUCGAUUAUGAGUGCGUACCGAACGUAUAUCGUAUCAGAAUGUAUCCCUAAUAUACGUAAUGCUACAGAAAGAGUACAAAUUACAUUAAUUGAGACUA